AUGAUUUCCUCCAACUCCUUCAAGCUCGCCAUCAUGACAGCCCUGUCUGUCUCAUCUGCCGCUGCUCCACUACAGCGUGUGUCAGACUGCGGAUGGCUUGGCUGUGGAAUUCAGCAGCAACAGAAACCGCUCAGCAGCUAUUCGCUUAGUCAUGGCGGCGCUGAGGCUUCAGACAUCUCUGCGGCAAACAUCGUUGAAGCUAUCAAGAGCCUCACUGCGAAGACUCAGGAACUGGGAGCUCCUGCAAAUACCAUUACCGCCACCAAUGGUCCACUCUUGGUCAUUGGAGAAGGUCCAUAUCCUGUCGUCAUCAAGGGCUUCGUCGACAUCGUCAACCAAGCCACUCUCUUAUCCGGCCAGCUGUUCGGGGCAAAGCCUAUCACGGCUGGUGGUGACGCAGACAGCAUUUCCGAUGCGUGGAAAGAGUUUUCUCAAGUUUCUGCGGUGCUCCUGCGAGUCUUAACAAGCAAAGCUGGUCUGCUUGAGGAUAGCGUUCCCCUCAUCGGGCGGCCCAUGGUUGCAGUACUGCGCAAACAUGACAGUCUUGUCGACACUCUAGCAUUCACCUUCAUCAACCUAGUCCAGAACAAAGCCAGCGACAUCUCAGCCUCCACGGAAGAUAUUUCCAAAGCUCUUCGAACAGCAAUUCAAGCGUACGAAGGCUAG